AUGAUAUUUUUAGAAACUGAGUGUUCUGCCAGAAAAAAAAUCCAACGGAAAUUAUCUUUGUCAGGUUUUAGGUUUCAUCCUAUUAUGACUGCUAUGAAUUUCAUUUCAGAGGCACUGGGAUCGCAGAAUCAGCACACUAGAACAAGGAAAGAUCAGCAAAACUUAGAAACCAAAUUCCGUCUCUAUACAGAUACAACUGAAGAAGGCUGUCAAAUUUUUUUUAAUCAGUUGGAGACUCUUGACAAAUGCAGUUUCAAUGCCUCUCUUCCUCUGGUGAUGAUAGUCCAUGGCUGGUCGGUGGACGGGAUGUUAGAAGGCUGGAUUUGGAAAAUGGCAGCAGCUCUGAAGUCUCAGCACAAACAAAUUAAUGUGAUCGUUGCAGACUGGCUCACAUUUGCUCACCAGCACUAUCCCAUUGCUGUACAGAAUACACGCUACAUAGGACAGGAGAUAGCACACUUUCUGGAAUGGCUGGAGGAAUCCAUUCAGUUUUCCAGAAGCAAUGCUCAUCUAAUUGGAUACAGCCUAGGAGCUCAUGUUUCAGGAUUUGCUGGAAGUUAUAUCAGUGGUACAACUAAGAUUGGAAGAAUUACAGGCCUUGACCCUGCUGGUCCUUUGUUUGAAGGAAUGUCACCAACAGACCGUUUAUCUCCAGAUGAUGCAAACUUUGUAGAUGCAAUUCAUACAUUCACUAAACAGCACAUGGGUCUCAGCGUUGGCAUCAAGCAGCCCGUGGCUCAUUUUGACUUUUAUCCCAAUGGAGGCACCUUUCAGCCUGGCUGCCACAUCAUGCAUCUGUAUAAUCACAUUGCACACUAUGGAAUCACUGGCAUCACUCAAACUGUGAAAUGUGCCCAUGAGAGGUCAGUUCAUUUGUUCAUCGACUCUCUGCUUCACAAAGAUAAACAAAGCACAGCAUACUGGUGCAACGACAUCAACACUUUCAACAAAGGAUUGUGCCUCAGCUGUAGAAAGAACCGGUGCAACACUCUAGGCUACAACAUCAGGGAGGAAAGAGUCCCCAAAAGCAGACAACUCUUUUUGAAAACAAGAGCACAUAUGCCUUUCAAAGUCUAUCAUUACCAGUUCAAGAUCCACUUCAUCAAUGAAAUCCCAGGCAAGCAGAUAGAUCCAACUUUUACCAUGUCUCUGACAGGCACUAAGGAGGAUGCUAAAAAUCUGCCCAUCACACUAAUUGAAGGUAUUAAUGGGAAUAAAACCUGCUCUUUUCUCAUCACCCUGGACACUGAUAUUGGUGAGCUAAUAAUGAUCAAGUUCAAAUGGGAAGGAACUGCAGUUUGGAAAAAUAUCUGGGACACAGUUCAAACCAUAAUACCAUGGACAAAAGGCAGCCGUCGACCGGGACUUAUAGUGAAGACAAUAAAAGUGAAAGCAGGGGAAACACAACAAAAAAUGACAUUUUGUUCUCAAAGUAUUGACAACAUUCACCUUCAUCCAGCCCAAGAGAAAACAUUUGUGAGGUGUGAAGAUCGCUUUCGGAGACAAAACAAAAAAUGAGCAAGAA